AUGUCACGAAGCGGAGAUAGGAUGAGCAGCUCUGACGUCGGACGUGCCGGUGGGCUAGUCGAGAGAGACAUUGAGCAGGCCAUCACUGCUCUAAAGAAAGGUGCCUACUUACUGAAGUAUGGAAGAAGAGGGAAGCCCAAGUUCUGUCCAUUUCGGCUGGCAAAUGAUGAGUCUGGUUUGAUAUGGUUCUCAGGAAAAGAAGAGAAACAGCUUAAACUUAGUCAAGUUUCCAGGAUUAUAUCUGGGCAGCGGACUCCAAUUUUUCAAAGGUACCCACGCCCUGAGAAGGAAUACCAGUCUUUCUCUCUAAUAUACAAUGAUAGGUCACUUGAUUUGAUUUGCAAGGACAAGGAAGAAGCGGAAGUGUGGUUUAGUGGGCUUAAGGCACUGAUUUCACGUGGCCAUCAUCGUAAGUGGAAAACAGAAUCGAGGAGCGAUGGAAUUUCAUCUGGAGCUACGAGUCCCAGAAUAUACACAAGGAGGAGUUCACCUCUGCAUGCCCCAUUUGGAAGCAGUAAUAGCUUUCCAAAGGAUGCUGCUGAUCAACUUCGCCUCCGUAGCCCUUUCGUAAGUCCUCCAAAAAAUGGAUCGGAUAAGCCAUUAUCAGACAUGGUAUUGUAUGCCGUGCCUCCCAAGGGUUUCUUCCCUUCUGACACCACUACUCGUUCCAGCCUUCCCCUGUCAUCUGGAGGUUCGGACGGUUUACACAGUCAAAUGAAAGGUACAGGAGUGGAUGCCUUUAGAGUGAGUCUCUCUAGUGCUGUAAGCUCGUCCAGUCAAGGCUCUGGUCAUGAUGAUGGUGAUGCCAUGGGGGAUGUUUUCAUCUGGGGAGAAGGCACCGGUGACAGCAUCAUGGGCGGGGGACCCCACAGUGCAGGGAGCAGCUUUGGCCCCAAAACAGACGCCCUGCUGCCGAAGGCGUUGGAAUCUGCAGUUGUUUUGGAUGUUCAGAACAUAGCCUGUGGCGGUCGACAUGCCGCCCUGGUGACCAAACAAGGCGAGAUAUUCUCUUGGGGUGAGGAAUUGGGAGGCCGGCUCGGUCAUGGUGUGGAUGCCGAUGUCUUACACCCGAAGCUAAUUGAUGUCCUGAGCAACACAAAUAUUGAGCUUGUUGCAUGCGGCGAGAACCACUCUUGUGCAGUCACCCUCUCUGGAGAUCUGUACACUUGGGGCAAUGGCCAUUUCGGUCUUUUAGGGCACGGGAAUGAAGUUAGCCAUUGGGUCCCAAAAAGGGUAAAUGGGCCGCUGGAGGGAAUCCAUGUUUCCUCUAUUUCGUGCGGACCCUGGCAUACGGCUGUUGUGACCUCGUCCGGGCAACUGUUUACUUUUGGUGAUGGGACUUUCGGAGUCCUUGGCCAUGGAGACAGGUUAAGUGUCUCAAAACCCAGGGAGGUUGAGUCCCUGAAGGGUCUGAGAACUGUAAGAGCAGCCUGUGGCGUUUGGCAUACGGCUGCAGUUGUUGAGAUUAUGGUGGGCAGCUCGAGCUCCAGCAAUUGCUCUUCGGGAAAACUCUUCACAUGGGGAGAUGGUGACAAAGGUCGGCUCGGGCAUGGCGACAAGGAAACAAAGCUAGUUCCGACCUGUGUUGCUGCUCUUGUGGAUCCUACUUUUUGUCAGGUUGCGUGUGGGCACAGCCUGACGGUGGCUCUUACCACCUCCGGGCACGUGUAUGUCAUGGGUAGCCCUGUUUACGGGCAGCUGGGUAAUCCUCAAGCUGACGGGAAGCUUCCGGCUCGAGUCGAGGGGAAACUGGCGAGGAGUUUUGUGGAGGAGAUUGCCUGUGGUGCCUAUCACGUGGCCGUGUUGACUUCAAGAACUGAGGUCUACACGUGGGGGAAGGGGGCAAACGGUAGAUUGGGUCAUGGGGACACGGAUGAUAGGAGUUCUCCCACUCUAGUUGAAGCUCUGAAAGACAAGCAAGUGAAGAGUGUCGCUUGCGGUACUAAUUUCACUGCAGCUAUCUGCCUUCAUAAGUGGAUCUCAGGUGUAGACCAGUCCAUGUGCUCUGGCUGCCGUCUGCCUUUCAACUUCAAGAGAAAACGCCACAACUGCUACAAUUGCGGGCUUGUGUUUUGUCACUCGUGCAGCGGCAAGAAGUCGCUGAGGGCUUCUAUGGCCCCUAAUCCAAACAAGCCGUACCGCGUAUGUGAUAAUUGUUUUGAUAAACUGAGGAAAGCUAUCAACCCCGAUAAAUCGUCUCAAUCAUCGGUUAGUAGAAGAGGAAGUAUGAAUCGGGUGAUUAACGAGAAUACAGACAAGGAUGAUAAGCUGGAUGCGGGAUCUCGUCCCAAUCUAGCUAGGUUCUCUUCAAUUGAGCCUUUGAAGCAAGGGGAGAGCCGGACCUCCAAGAGAAAUAAAAAGCUGGAAUUUAAUAGCAGCCGUGUAUCACCAGUCCCUAGUGGAAGCUCCCAAUGGGGGUCGUCGCUUAAUAUCUCAAAGUCAUUCAAUCCAGUUUUUGGAUCCUCUAAAAAGUUUUUCUCAGCUUCAGUUCCUGGAUCAAGAAUUGUUUCACGAGCAACAUCACCAAUUUCAAGACGGACUAGUCCUCCUCGUUCGACUACACCGACCCCCACUUUGGGAGGUCUGACAUCACCUAAGAUUGUUCUAGAUGACAUAAAGAUGACUCAUGAUGGCCUUAACCAAGAAGUUACUAAAUUAAGAGUGCAGGUGGAAAAUCUCACCUGCAAGGCUCAACUUCAAGAGCUAGAGCUAGAAAGAACAACCAAACAGCUGAAGGAGGCAAUAACAGUUGCAGGGGAAGAGACUGCAAAAUGCAAAGCUGCAAAAGAAGUCAUUAAAUCGCUUACUGCACAACUGAAGGAAAUGGCCGAUAGGCUUCCUGUGGGUUCCACCAGAAACAUCAAGUCACCAACCUUAACUUCACUGUGUCCCCCUUCAAUAUCUCAAGAUGCUACUAUUGCUUCUUUUGAUCGACCGAACGAGCAGGAUCAUGAGUCAAACGAGCCAAACAGCCUAUUGCUCUCUAAUGGGUCCAGCACUGCAACCUACCGCAGCAUGGGCCACAGCAGACAAGGUCUAGCAGAAGCAACACCAAGAUCUGGAAAUAAAACAAAGGAAAAUGAAUCCCAAAGCGUAAAUGAAUGGGUCGAGCAAGAUGAGCCUGGUGUUUACAUUACCCUUACCUCCCUGCCUGGAGGGCUCAAGGAUCUCAAGCGAGUUCGUUUCAGUCGGAAGCGGUUCAGUGAGAAGCAAGCGGAGCAAUGGUGGGCAGAGAACCGGGCAAGAGUAUACGAACAGUACAAUGUACGUAUGGCUGACAAGUCGAGCGUUGGUGUAGGAAAGACGGCGGAACCCCAAUCCACAACCACCGCCCGUCGUCUCCGACCUCACCUAGCGCCGCCCACGCCGUCGUCCGUUCACGACACCCGCUGUCGGUCGUCGUCCGUACCCCACUCGCCGCCGUCGCCUUCCGUCUGCCACCUGCCGUCCGCCACAAAACCCUCCGCCCCCGAACAAGAGAUGCUCCUGAAGACGACGACGAUGUGGCCACCGAUUAACGCUUGUUGCAGCGGCGUGCCGCCGCUGAUGUUGUGGUCGCCGGCAAGCUUGGCCAUCCGGGUGAUGAGGUGGUUGUUAGAAUUGAGGUGGUCGAUGAUGGUGGCGUUGUGA